AUGCAGAAUGCCGAACAAUCCGGAGUGAAAAACCGGGAGAAAAUUGUUAAAUCAGUGAAUCAGCAGACAUCGUCGAAAUCGCAGCUGCAGCAGCAGCCUUCCUCGCCGUCGUUGUCGUCGUCGUCGUCGUUGUGUUCAUCGCCACCAGCGGAAGCAGAGGUAGCGGCGGAAUUAGCAUCAGCUUCGGUGCUUCCUUCUUGCCUCGCAGGAGCUGAAACAGGAGCACCAGCGAAGUCUUCGUCAUCGACACCGUCGAACAAUAGCAGCAGCAGCAGCAACAGCAGCACAAUCGGUGGUGGUAGUAGCAGCAAUUGUGGCCGUGUUGGUAGUGGUAAUAGUGGAGUAAAAACCAGUGGACCCAGUGCUGCAACUACUACCGUCGCUCCUGCUGGUGCGGUUGCCACCGACUCGGCGACUUCGCCGUCAUUGUCAUCGUCACCCUUGCCCGCAGGAAAGGAUGUUGAUGAUGGUACGGGAUCGCUCGUAGAGACGUCCGAACAGCGGUCAUCUGCGGGUGCGGCAAAAGCCCACACUCGCUCCUCGAUUGCCUCGCCUGCGCCAUCAGGCAGCAAAGCGGCAGCUGGUGCAGCUGCUGGCGCACUUCCUCCAACCACCGCUGUUGCUACUGCUGAUGGUGCAUCGGUUGUAGCCGGGGGUGAACCAAACCAAUCACCUACACCCGACGGCAGUGGGGGCGCUAUUUGUAACAACAAUUCUAAAAAUAAUGAUAAAACAAUGUCGUCGGCGAAGAGUUCCACAACAGCAACAAAGCCUGCUCCUCCCUCCGCAGCUGGCAACCCUAACGGUCCGACCGCAGAGACAGCCGGCGGGCCUAGCGGCAAGAGUGCUGGUACCGGCAGUAACACCAGCGGGGAGAGUAAGGCCACUGUUGCGGUUGGAGCAACCGGAAGCAUCAACGAUGCGACCAAACCAGCGGGUGCGCACGGCCACCCUGCCAAUGGCGGCGGUUCCACUAGCAACAACAGCAAACCAACGUCCAGUAAUAACAAACUUUCCAGCAGCAACUCGUCCCCGGCUAAAUCGGAUACUGAAACCUUUUCCGAGAUACAGCCUCGCGUUUCGGAUUCAUCAGAAUCAGAAGAGGAAUCGGUAUCGGAGAUUUUGCUGGCUUGCCUAUGUCUAAGGCCAGAUCUGCUGGUUGAUUCCUUUCCAUUAGAUCAGCAAUCAAUCGAAAUUCCCGAGACGGAAUGUUCGGAUAGCUGUGAGAAUGACGUCGACAUGGAUGAGUCGGACAGUUGCGACAACGAUGCCGACGAUAAUGAUGAUUCUGAAGAAGAUGAUGAAGAUGACGAAGAUAUGGUUCAUAGUACGGUACCGGGAAAAUUUCUCCUAGAGAACGAUGACGAUACCGACCAUGAACGAGACGAAGCAGCGCAUGCAUUGACGCGAAUGAAAUCGAGCGAUGGCAGUCCUAGGGAAAAAAACAUGCUAUCACGUACGCUGAUUGCGGCCUGCACUGAUAACGAUGUAAACACCGUCCGGCGGCUGCUAGGUGAAGGUAAUUCGCUGAACGAAGCCACAGAAGAAGGCGAUUCGCUGUUGUCUUUAGCGUGCUCCGCCGGAUACUUCGAACUAGCCCAGGUACUGUUGGCAAUGUCCGCGCAGGUCGACGAUCGUGGUCAAAAGAAUGACUGCACUCCUUUGAUGGAAGCAGCAUCCGCUGGCCAUGUCGAAAUAGUCGAACUUCUGCUGAAGCAUGGUGCGGACGUGAAUGCACAGUCCUCCACUGGCAACACACCGCUCAUGUACGCCUGUGCGGGUGGCCACGAAAAGUCCGUGAAGAUGCUGCUGGAACAUAACGCCAAGGUCGAAGACCACAACGAAAAUGGUCAUACGCCGCUGAUGGAAGCUGCUUCUGCCGGCCACGUUGGGGUUGCAAAGAUCCUACUGGAGCAUGGCGCCGGUAUUAACACGCAUUCGAAUGAGUUUAAGGAGAGUGCACUUACGCUAGCCUGCUACAAGGGCCAUCUCGAUAUGGUUCGUUAUCUGUUGGAGGCCGGUGCGGAUCAGGAGCAUAAAACCGACGAAAUGCACACGGCCCUAAUGGAAGCUUCCAUGGAUGGGCAUGUAGAGGUGGCGCGACUUCUGCUGGACUCCGGGGCUCAGGUUAAUAUGCCCACGGACUCAUUCGAAUCACCGCUCACACUGGCGGCUUGUGGUGGACACGUCGAUCUAGCAAUGCUACUGAUCGAUCGUGGCGCCAAUAUCGAAGAAGUGAACGAUGAAGGCUACACUCCGUUGAUGGAAGCCGCACGGGAGGGCCAUGAGGAAAUGGUAGCACUAUUGCUACAACAGAAUGCGCAAAUCAAUGCUCAAACUGAAGAAACUCAGGAAACGGCUCUUACGCUAGCGUGCUGCGGAGGCUUCAUCGAGGUGGCCGAAUAUCUCAUCAAGAACGGGGCAGACAUCGAGAUCGGUGCCUCUACGCCGCUGAUGGAAGCGGCACAGGAGGGCCACAUCGAUUUGGUGCGGUUUUUGCUCCAGAACGGUGCGAACGUACAUGCCCAGACGCAGACAGGAGACACGGCUCUGACGUACGCGUGCGAGAACGGUCAUACGGAAGUAGCAGACAUACUGCUGUUCUACGGGGCCGAACUGGAGCACGAGUCAGAAGGAGGACGCACUCCACUGAUGAAGGCAUGCCGUGCCGGACACUGGUGCAUCGUAAAGUUUCUAAUUGAGAAGGGAGCGGAUGUCAACCGGCACACGACGAACAACGACCACACGCCGCUUUCGCUGGCGUGUACCGGUGGGCAUCAGAACGUUGUAGAGCUACUGUUGAAGAAUGGCGCCGAUCCGUUCCACCGGCUGAAGGACAGCAGCACCAUGCUGAUCGAAGCUGCCAAGGGCGGUCAUAUCGGAGUAGUGCAGUUACUGCUUGAUUUUCCCCACUCCUUAAUGAGCGCAAACGCAGCCCAGCAGCAAAACAUUCUCAACAACGGACAAAUGCAACAGUUGCAGCAGCAGGCGCACCAGCAGCAGCUGCAACAGCAGCAGCAACAAGCCCAACAGUUGAUCAUUACCCAAAACCAACACCAGCAGCAGCAACAGCAGCACCAGUUGCAACAGGUACAGCAACAGCAUCAGCACCUGCAGCAGCAGCAGCAGCAGCAACAACAGCAGCUCCUUACGGGACCGCCUGGUUUGCGAGAGGUUCCGGAGGCGAUUCGUGUCAACAACAAACAAAUUUUUCAACUGCCAAGCAAGGAAAUUCUCGAACAACAACAACAACAACAGACACCCGUUCAAGGAGCAGCCCAACAACAGAUCCAGCAGGCGCAACUCCAGCAGCAACACCAGCAACAGCAGCAGCUCCAUCAGCAAUUGCUUGCGAACAGCCAUCAACUGAUAAACCAAGCCAAUAUGCUGCUUGACAGCAGCGGCAGCGAUUCGUCUGUAUUGGCGCAGCAUUUGCUAGAAAUACAGGAUUCUUCGCUGAAAGAAACCUUUCUCGAUGGGUUAGCUAUUGGUCUGCGACCUCGCGCGCGUCGUAUGACCUCCGCCCCAGCUGGAACCGCCGGAUCGGCAACCACUCCACCGAUCGUAGGGCAGCAGCAGCAGCAACAGCAGCAUGAUCAGGCGGCAGUUGCCCAGCAACAGCUGAUCCAGUAUCUGCAUCAACAUCAGCAGCAGGCACAGCAGUUGCAGGUAGCUCAACCAAUCAUCCUGCAAGGCAGCAAUGUUGUUACUCAGCAACAGCAGCAGCAACAGCAUUUGCAACAGCAGCAGCAAAUGGCGGCGGCGGCAGCAGCGUCGGUUGGCGUUGGCAGCAAUACCACCGUUGCGGGUGGUAACAAACAGCAACGCAGUUUGUUGCGCAAAAAGCAGCAACAAACUACGGUUGCGUUGCCCUCGCCGUUUGAAACAAAUCUCACCAGUUCCGAGGCGCAGCAGGUCCGCAGCGAACCUAUUGGCGAGGACAACGCUGGUAACAGCGCCGGAGGGUGCAGCGUUCCACAUCUGCAGCAGCAACCUCCUCCGCGUGUUAGCAAUGUUGCUAUGCGAUCUGAUUAUGAACAGUACCAGAAACAAAUGAGUGAGAUUCAGUUUCAAAAGAAGGCAAAAAUACAGUUCAUCAGUGAUGCGAAAGGACCACCAUCGACACUUCUACCACCAACGGGAACUUACAUUGCUGCAUUGCCAACCAAUUUGCCUCAGUCACAGCAUCAACAUCUGCAAUUGGCCACAGUAGCUGCUAGUGUUGCCGGGUCUGUUGCAGCCGUAAGCAGUGUGGCUUCAUCGACUCUUGGUGCAUUGGUUGCCGCAGGCAGUUCAGGCACUGGUACACCAUUAACAGCCCCAUCAGAAGUUUCUCAGAGCACUGCCAUCAGCGAUCGUCCAAAGGUGAAGCCCGUUUCUAAGAAAGAUGCCAAGAACAAUCGCAAAACAGCAGCGGCAGCAGCUGCCGCCGCAGCUGCGGCUGUAGCAACAGCCACGGCAUCGGUUCAGCAGCAGCAACCAUUCUGGCCUCUGGCAGGCACUAACACGGCCGCAGGGGGUGGUAGCAACAGUGUUCUGCAACAGAAUCCAAUGGUGUCAAUUUAUAACAACUUGUCUGUGAUUCCGAGUUCCGAUCCGAACGUGCAAAUGCUACAGCAAUCGAUGGCGAACUUGAAUCUUCAGUCACAGUCAUCCGCAACAACAGCGACACCAACAUCCGUGCAUCAGCAACUAUCGCAGGAAGGCAUCGCCUCCUCUGGUGACAAAGCUCCUGAAAAGAACGCUAUGAUGGCCACAAGCGAUGAAAUGCAGAUUAGUGAUGCAAACGCAAUGAUAUCCACUGGCGAAUCCCCUGCGCCAUCUGCACCGAAAGAGUGCCAGGCUAACGCUUUAAGCACCACAUCUGCUACCACCGGAGAGUCUGUCAGAUUGGACGCGGCGUCUUCUGGUGUGACUGCCAUUGCCGGCGGCAGCACGGUUGCGGAUUGUGGUGCUGCAGAUGGCAGCGAUAGUGCCAGCAACGCAAGCAGCACCGCUGCAAGUGGCUCGUCCAGCAGCAUCAACAGCAGCGCUGCAGCUAGUAGCAACAACUCGACAGCCAGCAGCAGCACAGCGACCACCGGCGAAAGCAAUGGCGUGUGUGGAGGUGGUGGUGCUGGUGGCGAAGCCAUCGUCAGUGGUGGUGGUGAUGGUGCUGAUGGCGACGGAAGCACCACCAGCAGUGGUAGCAUCAGUGCCGCCAGUAGUAGCAGCGGUAGCAGCAGCAGUAGCAGUAGCAGUAGCAACAGUAGCGACAGCAGCAGCACUACGACCAGUGGCAGUUGCGCCAACAACACUGCCGAAGGAAUAGACGGAGGAUCCGGAGAAGGUAAUGCCAUUGGUGGAGAAGAAGGAGGUACCAGUGGCGACAGCGGCGGAACCGUGUCCAGCAUCGAUCCGGACAACCAGUACAACCUGUUUGCGAUGGUCGAUCGGAAGCUCAUGCUGAAGAUCGCGCAUCGGUUACUCGGCGAUCCGACUAAAUCGCCCUCGGAAACGCCACCUAUGAGCAGAUGUGCGGGAUCGAACCUUGAUCCGCCUGCUUCACCUCCGCCAACGAUGAUGACCAAUGCCGAUAUUGAGUAUCCCGAAUUGUCGCGUAUCUUAUGCAGCUUCAGCCGUUCCGAUAUACUGCCGGGUCCGGAGUUUGUGCAGGUGCAUCAGCACAUGCAGAACAUUAUCCAACAUAAGGGAGGAAGUAACCCAAUCAAACUCAGCGACACUGCCGAUGGUCACCAGUACGUAGAGGAAGGGGAAGAACAUCUGCCAGUGUUCAACAUCGAAGAAUCUGAUGCGGACGGCAUGACGGAAUGUGUCGGCCGUAUGUACCGCACCCUCGAUGAAACGCUCGAGCCCUUCCACGGUGAGGAUGGAUCGGUCACGCAGGCACACGGCUCGCGGGAAUCUAUGUACAACUACGAGUGGGUUGACAGCAUUGACGACGUAAUCCACGUAUUGAACGGAUGCCCCGAUAUGCCAAUGGCGCUGCAACAGGAUAUGGCCGCAAAUUUCAGUUGCCAAGACAUCGACAUGUAUGCGAAUCUGAUCGGAUUAAAUUCGUUCUGCAAGACGCGCUGGGCGGGCAAUCAAAACCAGCUCACGUCCGGUACGUCGUCGCCGGUCGAAGAGGACGGCAGUACGGUGCCCGUAGGCGACGAGCAAUGUGCUUAUCGCCAGGGACAGACGGCUGCCAGUCAGCUAUUGACCUUCGAUCCCCAACAACCAUUCUCCAUGGAUCAGAUUCAGCUUCUUAGUCAAAUUCACCAGGUAAGCGUUUCACAGGCAUCCGCUUCCGGUUCCGUGUUGCAUCACCAGUCAGCGACCAGCGGUGCGGAUGGACAACAACCUAAGUUGGUGUUUAAUGUCGAUGCGGAUAAAGCGUCGCAAGUGCAUUUGUUGUUUCAACUGCCUACCCUGCAAUCUCAGCAGCAAACAUCGCAACAAGAUCAACAGCAGCAUGAUCACAAUCUGAUGCUAUCGAGUAACAACCAACAGCAGCAACAGCAACCUUUGUCUGCGCAGCAGGUGACCGGUCAACAGCAGCAGCAACAGCAGCAGCAGCAGCAACAGCAACAAUGUAACAUUGCUGCAAUGCAACCGCAUGCUGCAGCAGCAGCCGCUGCUGCCGCUCUUCAGCACGCUCAGUUGCAACAGCAGCUGCAUGCGCAGGGUUUAGUUGCCGCCGGUCAUUCUGGCUCCGUGGCCCUGCAGCAACACCAGCAGCAGGCACGCCAGCAAAUGCAACAUAUGCAAACCCAAAGCCAGGGACACCAGUUGCAGCAUCUUCAAGCUCAAGGACAGCAGCAGCAACCGCAACAACAGCAUUGCUUGCAACAUGCGCAGAUGCAGGUUGCAACUCAAACGCCUCAACACCAGCAACAGGUCGCUUCCGUGCGGGGUGAAGAAGAAAUGGCACCCCUGGUGAGAACGCAGCAUUUUGCACUCAUGGAACCGACCCAGCCAGCCAAUGCUCCCGCCGCCGGUGGUGGCAAGAUGGGCGGCGGCGGAGCUGGUGGUGGUGGUGGAAAGAAGGGAGACAAAAACCGUAAAGAGAAAAACCGCCUUACAGUGCCGGCCGUUCGCCAUGCACCGGCCGGGCAGCAGAGCGGUGGACAGAUGCAAAACUACCAGUUCGAUGCCAACAACGUGAACGGGGGACGGUCAGUCGGUGGGGGAAUGGACGUGCCACCACCGGGUGGCAACGUGCAACCGUUUCACGGUGGCAAUAGCCUAAUGCCCGCUCAGGCCGGUGCGGUAGCGUCGGAGCGAACCAUCGACGUGGAUUCGGAGACCGAUUCCAAUCAUGAUACUGCGCUGACGCUAGCUUGUGCUGGCGGUCACGAGGAUAUGGUCGAGCUGUUGAUCACCCGAGGUGCCAACAUCGAACACAAGGACAAGAAGGGAUUCACCCCGCUGAUAUUGGCGGCCACGGCUGGCCACGAGAAAGUGGUGGAUACGUUGCUUCGCAAUGGAGCGGAAAUUGAGGCCCAAUCGGAACGAACUAAAGACACACCGCUCUCGUUGGCCUGCUCGGGUGGAAGAUACGAGGUGGUCGAGUUGCUGCUCAGCAUGAACGCCAACCGGGAGCACCGGAACGUGUCCGAUUACACGCCGCUAAGCCUGGCUGCGAGCGGUGGUUACGUGAACAUCAUCAAGCUGCUGCUGCAGCAUGGUGCGGAGAUAAACUCGCGUACCGGCAGUAAGCUCGGCAUUUCUCCGCUUAUGCUUGCCGCCAUGAAUGGGCACGUGGCCGCAGUUAAGCUGUUGCUGGAUAUGGGCUCGGACAUAAACGCACAGAUCGAAACGAACCGCAACACGGCGCUUACGCUUGCUUGCUUCCAAGGGCGCCACGAGGUGGUUAGUCUACUACUGGAUCGUAAAGCCAACGUGGAGCACCGUGCCAAGACGGGCCUCACGCCGUUGAUGGAAGCGGCGUCGGGUGGCUACAUCGACGUCGGUCGGGUACUACUCGAUAAGGGUGCGGAUGUAAAUGCCGCACCGGUUCCGUCGUCUCGCGAUACGGCUCUCACCAUCGCGGCCGACAAGGGUCACCUGAAGUUCGUCGAGCUGCUCCUGUCGCGUGGCGCGGCCGUUGAGGUGAAAAACAAAAAGGGCAACUCACCGCUGUGGCUGGCAGCAAACGGUGGCCACCUGGGCGUGGUGGAACUGCUCUGCAGUGCCGGUGGAGACAUCGAUUCGCAGGACAACCGUAAGGUGUCCUGCCUGAUGGCGGCGUUCCGCAAGGGCCACACGAAGGUGGUGAAGUGGAUGGUCGGUCAGGUGACGCAGUUCCCGUCGGAUCAGGAGAUGACGCGGUACAUCAACACGAUCAGCGAGCAGGAGCUGCUGGAAAAGUGCCACGACUGCGUGAAGGUGAUCCGUGCCGCCAAGGAUCAGCAGGCGACGAAGGCCAACAUAAACGCCUCCAUUCUGCUGAAGGAGCUCGAUCUCGAGCGGUCGCGUGAGGAAAGCCGCAAAGCGGCGGCGGCCAAGCGAAGGGAGCGCAAAAAGAGACGCCGGGCGGAGAAGCGAGAGCAGCAGCGCUUGCUGGAAAUGGGUGAGGACGGUGCCGCCGGCGAUGGUAACAACGACGAAGAGGAAGAAGAGGAGGAAGCCGAUGAUGACAAGGAGGAGGAAGAGGAAGAGGACGUCGACAGUGAGCACGACGAGGAUGAGCUGCUUCUUUCGGCCGCCAUGCAGCAGUCGGCUAACAAGAACAAGAACCGCGGUGCAGCCUCGCAAGUGCACAGCAAACCCCAACACCGAGAGAAGGAGGGCAAGGGCAGGGAGAAGGAUAAGCAUAAGGAUGCGGACAAAGGAAAAGACUCGUCCGCAGCCUCAUCUUCGUCCCAUAACCAACGCCAGCAGCAACAACAGGGCACCAACGGUCAGCUGUAUCAGUAUCGUCCGAUAUCGAUACCGUACCAGGUGCAGGAGGAAGGUGAUUCCGGCAUCGACGCCAACAGUCUUGGUUCGUGCUCGAGCUCCGAGGUAAAAUCGUCCUCGAACAACGCCAUCGAACAGAAGAAGAACAACAAAAAGCGCAAGCAGCAGCAACAACAGCAACAGCAGCAGGCCCAAACGGCACGGGGUGCCAUAGCCUCGACGAAUGCAGCCGGUGCAGCACGGGCUGCCAAGGCCGCAGCGGUCGCUAACGCUGCCGGAAGCGGCAAAACGUCAAACCAGGGACAGCAGCAGCAGCAGCAACAACAGCAGUCACAAGGCAGCAACGUCUCGAACAACCGCCAAUCGAAAAGCCCGGAGAGUGCCUCGGCGUCAACGUCAAACAACAACAAUGUUAAUACUGUGGUGCAGGAUAAAAACUCGAAGGAAAAGAGUCGACGCCAGCAGGACAAAGAACUGCAGCAACAGCAGCAACUUAGUGGUGCGCGUGACAAGCGCGACAAGACGGUUGAAAAGGAAAACGUCGCACCGAAGGAUCACGAUCGCUCGGGGGUGACGGCAGGCGUUGUGAAAAACGAUGGCAAAAAAGCGUCCGCAGGUGACCACCAUCACCAGCAGCAAUCGGCCGGUAGUGUAGCCGGUGGAGCGCCGAUGCAUCACCAUCAGUCGAACGCGUCGUCACAAGGUGGCGUUGCCGCAAGUCGCAAGUCGAUCAUAGUGUUUGGUUCCGGUAAUCGGCACGGAGCGGAUCAGGGCGAUGAUUUCUACGGUACCGGCGGUGGUGCGGCUGGUUCCGGUGGUAAGAAAACACACGGCAACAAAACGUUCUACAACACCACGAACAGUGACGAUUACGGACACCAUGGGAAGGUGUCUUCUUCGAGUCCGAUGAAGCAACAACAGACGGCUUCGUCAUCGUCGGCUGGUGGACUCCCAAUGUCGCAACAACAACAGACCUCAAAUGGUGGCGUCGCGGGUGGUGUUAAGCGUGAAGAAGGCUGGAAGGAAGUCGUUCGCAAGAGCUCCGUACAGCAGGGUGGUGGUGGUGGUGGUAGUAGUGGAGGUGGAGGCAGCAGUGGUUCCUCGUCAUCUCCAAUGGAAUGCCGCAAGGUGCAGGUACCGGUGCAUGCCAUUUCGAGAGUGAUCGGUCGCGCAGGCAGCAACAUUAAUGCAAUUCGGGCCGCAACUGGCGCACACAUCGAGGUGGAGAAGCAGGGCAAGAGUCAGGGUGACCGGUCGAUCACUAUUAAGGGUUCGCAGGAAGCGACCAAACAGGCCCACUCACUAAUCGUCACCUUGAUCAAGGAUCCGGAUGUAGACAUUUUGCUGAUGCUGCCGAAACACAACGUCGGCAGCAGUAGCAGUGCCACGACCCAGAAGAGCUACGGUUCAUCGACGGCUGCAGGUUCUGCUGGGUCUACGAGUGGCGGUGCAUCCACGGGUGCGUCGAGUGGAUCUGGUCAAGUGGGCUCAUCAACGGCAACAACGUCUCAGCAGUCGACAAGCGGGUUGAUUGUGCCAACAGCGAUUAUUCCUACGAAUGGUCCCGCUCCAACAAUGUCCGCCAUUGUGGCGUCCGGUGGAAUAGCAGCUGCGGCCGCGGCUGCAGCUGCUGCCGCAGCCGCUGCUGCUGCCUCUGCCGCUGCCACCAACAACAGCAACCCGGCGGCGAAGGGUGGAAAGAGCGUUUUCGGUUCCUUGAACAAAGCCCCGAACGGCAGUGCCGGAGGAGCAGGAAGCGGUGGAGUUACAGCAACGGGCAACGCGAUGUCAAAUGCGACCGGAAGUGGUCCCAGCAACAGCUCGAAAGCACCAUCUAUCGCAACGUCGAACGCAAAUGCGCGUCCCAAUGCCGCUAAGAAUCUGUUCCUAUCUUCCGCCAACGCGUCAACGACCCAGCAGUCUCGCGUGAUCACGUCGACCAGCAAUGGCAACAGUACUGUCGUUAAUAGUGGUAGUGUACCAUACGCGGUCGCUGCCGGGCAAGGCAAGGACACGAAGCGUCAGUCACUUCCGUCGCAAGGCGCGCAACAUCAGCAAUCCUCCGCCGGUGGGCCUGGAAAUGCCUCCGGUCCGAAAGGAGGAAGUGUGCAGUAUCACUCAGGUUUGCCGACAGGUAGUUCGACCAGCUCGGUAGGAACAGGUGGUUCAGCCACGGCGACGGCACCAUUCGGAAGUGUGGGAAUGUCCGCGAUGAAGAUGAAAAGCACCGGCAACAAACCGACAGCAAAUGCAGCUUCCGUACCACAGGGCGGUGGUACAAACGCCGGUAGCCUAUCGCAACAGGCUGCACCGACGGGAAGCAUAGUAGGAUCUGCCGGAACGUUUGCUAAGCUGGUGGCCGCCGACAACAACAAUGCUGCCGUCAACGGAGCCAAUCAGAAGAAGCCCAACCAGUCUGCUGGUGCCCCAGGCGCCGGUUCGAAUGCCAACACCGGUGUGGUUGGUCAACAGCAGCGAAACGGUGCUUCUACGACUAUGCCGGUGCAACAAUCACCGGUCAAAGGAGGUGCUGGAGGUCCACCCGGUGGAUUACCGGCACCGUUCGGUGGAACUAAUGCUGGCUCCUCGGGAGCUCCUGGUAGCCCGCUAAUGAUACCGAAAAUAUCUUUGUAUAUUCCACCGAUCGGAACGAGUGGACCGGGUCCAACCAUUGCGGAGGUAUCCGCCGUGCCACCGAUACCGCCCAUCAGCGUACCGAACACGGCGAAUCCCUUGGCCGCUCCGGGCAGUGGUCGAUCGAUCACUCCAAUCGGACAACCACCGACGGCGGCCGUCGUUUCGUCAGCAGCAUCAUCGCUGGCAUCCGUAUCAUCCGCCUCGACCAUCGUGUCAUCCGGAGUAUCGGCAUCUUCCACCUCAGCAUCCGUCACAACCGGUCCAAUCGGAAGCCGCAGUGUCACGACUCCGUCACCGUUGUUGCAACAGCAGAACAUCAACACCUCACCACCAAUGGUUGGUGGUAGCGGUUCUGCCGGUGCAUCCCUCGGUGGACCAUUGCAUGCGAAACUGCAAGCAAUCGGACAGCAACCGUUGGGGCCACCUUCUCCGCCACCAUCGAACGUGUACUCGCUGUUUAACGAUCCCUUUGGCAACAACCAGUGGGGAGCGAGCAGUGCUGUAGGAGAUGUAGGCAAACCACCGCUGUACGGUGGCCAUCAUCAUCAGCAACAGCACCAGCAUCAUCAUCUGCAUCAUGCCACACAAGCGCCUCAUCACGCACAACACCACCAUCAGCAACACUCGAGUGGUGGUGUCGUCGGUGGCGCUGGACCGAGCGGUGUAUUGGCACCGUUUAUGGAAAACCCACCAACGCUGCAGGUUGACGCAUCAAAGGCCCCGGGAUAUCGCGGAAAUACCAUUUCCUCGCCCGUCAGCUCGAAAGCAUCCAGCAACGCGACCACGCCGCCAUCGUCGAGCAUGUCCUCGCAUCAACACCAACACCAGCAGCAACACCAGCAGCAACACCAUCAGCAGCAGCAACAGUCUCAGCUGCACCAAUCGCUACAGCAGCAGGUGAACGGAUCGCACGCGGCUCUGCAGCAGCAUCAUCAAUCCCAGCAGCAACAUGCCCACCAACAGCAGCCUCCGAUCGGUCUCGGGCAUAUGCUGAGUGGGGGUGCCGGUGGUAAUGGUUCCAACAGCAGCACGUCUCCGCUAGCAGGAGCCGUUGGUCAGCAACAACAGCCGCCUCCCCCGAACAUGAUCGGUGGUCACGCAGUAUCAUCGGCAUCGCCGUCGGGUCCGGGAGGAGUACCUACGAGUGUAUCGGGAGGUGGUCAACACCAGCAACAGCCACCAUCGUAUCCGUCUCCGAACGAGAGUGGCAACGUGGUGGUAGGCAUGAAACCAACGCCACCUCCACCGUCGAUGCUUGGCGCUAAUAACGGUAGCAAUGCACCGGGUGGAGCAGCCGGUCCCGGUGCCAACGGUUCCGGGCUAGCCAUCCUGCGCUCGAUGAUGAAUAUUUCCUCGCACAUCCGCCCGCCAGGUGGUGGUAAUGGACCGCCGGAUUACCUGGGUGUUGGUGCAGGAGGCGGACGCGAUCACACCGGUCUGGCGCAACAGCCGCCAGUGGGCAGCUCAAGGCGUCCGCCUAUGAUGUUUGAUUCGGUCGUGAAUCUGGGCGGUGGCGGAGGUGGAUCUGGAGGUCCUCCUGAUUCGCUACAGUCGUCCUAUCAGCCUCACCUCGGUCUAGGUGGAGGCACUGGUGGUGCCGGACUUCCGCCCAUCUCGCGUUUGAACCCGAAAGCGUCGGCAUUCUCUGGAGGUGGCGGCGUUGGCCCAUCCGUAAUGCAACCAGCACCGCAUCAACCGGGCAAAAUGAAUCAAUCGAACAACCAUCAGCCGUACGGCGCCGGUGGUCAUGGUGGCGGUGGUGGCAGCGGAGCCGGUGGUGCGGGCAUGUUCCAUGCUCCUCCACCGAUCGGGCUUGGUGGUGGAAAGUACCCAUCGAUGUCCUCGUACAGCCUCGCGCCGGGUCGACCGAACAGCCAGCAGCAGCAACAGCACGGUGGAAAUGCGGGAGCCGGAGGUCCUCCACCGCCGGGAAGCGGUAUGCAUCACCGUGCGGGAGCGACAAGCGCUGCCAACAAUUGGUUCUCGUCGGAGUUGAGCCACCUGCAACGUGACACCCUGAUGGGGAUGGAAAAUGGGCUCGCGAUGGCGGCUCUGAAUGCGGCAACGGCUUCACCCACGAUCUCACCCAACAAUAACUCGCAGCACGCGGCCAACGGUGGCGUAGGCGGGUUGGUUGCGCAACAACAGCAGCAACAGUCGAUGUUGGAUGACGCUCGGAAGCAGCUACCACGCGCCAUCGGUACGGAACGAGCCUGGAAGUAUGCCGGCAACGGUAACGUCGGUUUGGGCGGUGGCGGUGCGAGUGUCGGAAGUAACGCCGGUGGUGCCGGUAACAUGUACAACUCCGGUAUGGUCGCGUACGUGGGACUGGACGGGCCGGAUCUAAUGAAUGGCGGUGGUGCGUCCUCGGCGGCCCUGGCAGCAGCGGCAGCGGCGGCAGCAACCGGCAAUCAACCGUGGAUGAACAUGGACAAGAACCAGUUCAUGGGCAGCGGCGGUGCGGGUGGUGUUGGCAGUGGAGCGUCGCAGCAGCAUCAACAGCAACAACAUCAGCAACAGCCACCGCUACCCUGGUUGAACCCGAGCACAAUGGGACGCCAAUACAUGGAUGAUAUUCAUUUAACAGAUCAUUACCAGCAACUGCAAAUGGAUUACCAUGUCAACAUCGGUGGAGCAGGACCGAGUGGACAGAAUCAACCGAACAUGAAUUUCAUGCAGUACACGUUCGCACCCUCCAACGAUAUGGUGGGAUCGACCGAUCUGCGACCGCCAUGGGAACACGAGAAGCACGGUUGGUCUCAAAAUUGGCCCGGACACUAGACACAGGAACGCGAAAAUCCGGGUACACUCGGGACAGCGACGCUGUUGAUCUGGUAUGAUGUUCGCGUAUUCAGAGUAGCUUGAGUAGAAGCAGGAAAACAACAAGCGAAAAGCAAUGAGAAGAUGGAAUUCGAGCAAACAGAGCAGGCAGUAAGAAGGCGGUAAGUGCGUAAGGCUCUCCAUCCCUUGCUGCGGCUCCGUUAACCAUCUUUCGAAGAUGGUGGCAAGUUGAACGGCCAUUUGAGCGUUUUUUCAACACUACUACACAAAAUAAUUAGACCGCGCCUCCCCGUCUCCAGUGCGCUUAUGCACGUUUGACCAUCAUUCAAGCUGAGAAAAAGUUUUUUAGUUCGCGCUCUGCUGCGGCACGUGCAGUAAGAAUGGGUUUGAAACGGUUGUAUUGUAAACCGGAGGAUCCGCCCGUAUAGCGGAAUCGCAAGGCAGUACCACGGUACAACAAAAUCAAACGGAUGAGAUACAGCUUCGUAAGUAGUAGUAGUAAGGCAUCUGCAUUCUCAAACGGUGCAUGCCCGAAUCGGUUCCCCCUUGAAUUUGAGUCGUUCGUACAUAUUAUAAGUACACUAAGGAAUAAAAUGAAAACAAUACAAUGUUCAUUUACAGUGUAACGGAAAAAUAAUAGACAUUAUGUGCACCCAUUUCUUCUUCGGUAAUGGAAAAUAUGAAUAUAUAUGCCAACCGUGUAUUUCCACUCCUUGUUUGCCAGUUUCUUUCGUUUUUUGCGUUACCUUGCCGAGGGAACCGCUUUGACAAUACCGAAACACGACCACCUUAGUCCAUCGGUGGGACUAGUUUGUUCCGCUUCUUACGUAUGCGGCCCAGCGCGGCAAGAGCCUAGUUGAGGAUAGAGAACUGAUGAAUCCAUCUCUCCCAUAGUCCAGCGUCAGCCCACUAAGAGAACAAGUUGGAGUGUGACGAAAACAUACUAUAAAAUAAACAAGGAUAAAAACUACCAAACCUAUAACAACUACUAGAGUAUUACCUACUAAUACUAUUACUACUUCCCUCUAAAGAAAACACAAAAAUCUACUCUUGGACGCUAUUACCCCCCAGAUAAACGCAUGCAAAAUCAAAAAGGACGUACGCAGAUAUCACAUAUAGCAGCACACUAGACGCUUACACGAACUGAAGUAAUUGAGAA